GAGCAACCAGGUCAUGACUUUAGCUGACUUGACGUGACCUGACCUGAAGAACCCCAUAUAUUCUAUCCAUGGGACCAAUGAUAUUACUCAAGACCAACUUGAUUCAGACUGAAAAACGAACAUCAUCAUAGAGUUAAAACCCUAUGUAUCCAAGUAACCUUCAUUUUCCAUGGUCAUUAUUUAUGACUACACAGUCGAAAGGCCAAUGGUAGAAAGCCUUAAAGAUGGCAACAAAGUCAUAACCAAGGGAGAGUGGUUCAAUAGCUGGAAUUUUAUUGGUCAAUUACCCGCAAAGUUCCACCCUUGUUUAUCCUUCGACGUCAACACAAAUUUUUUUUUUGUUCCAAUUUUUUUUUUUAAGAGCCGUGACAGGGACAGUGCCUGAUACUUUCCUCAUCUUCCUCCUCUACUUCACCAGAAAUGUUCCCAUCACAAUCUGCCCUUCAAAAGAACUUCGUUGCCGCUGCUCCCGCCGGUGAUGUUGCUGCUCCCCCCUCUGGAGCCAACCUUUACGCUCGUUUCGCCUUCGCCGGUGCUGUUUGCUGCUCCAUCACUCACGGUGCUAUGACCCCCGUCGAUGUCGUUAAGACCCGUAUUCAGCUCUCUCCUGAGAUCUACAACAAGGGUAUGAUUGGUGGUUUCCGUCAAGUCAUCGCUGCCGAGGGUGCUGGUGCCCUUUUGACUGGUUUCGGACCCACUGCUGCUGGUUACUUCCUCCAAGGUGCCUUCAAGUUCGGUGGUUACGAAUUCUGGAAGAAGACUGCCAUUGAUUUGGUUGGUCUUGAGAAGGCCAAGGAGAACAGAACUGCUAUCUACCUUGUCUCCUCUGCUAUUGCUGAAUUCUUCGCCGAUGUUGCUCUUUGCCCUCUUGAGGCUACCAGAAUUCGUCUCGUCUCUCAACCUUCUUUCGCCAAUGGUUUGUUGGGCGGUUUCUCUAGAAUCUUGAAGGAGGAGGGUGUCAUCAGAGGUUUCUACUCUGGUUUCGGACCCAUCUUGUUCAAGCAAGUUCCCUACACCAUGGCCAAGUUCGUCGUCUACGAAAAGGCUGCUGAAUCCAUCUACAAGUCCAUUGGAAAGCCUAAGGAUCAACUUUCCAACAGCACUGUCACCGCUGUCAACUUGGGCUCCGGUAUCAUUGCUGGUACUGCUGCUGCCAUCAUCUCUCAACCCGCUGAUACCUUGUUGUCCAAGAUCAACAAGCAGAAGGGUGCUGAAGGUCAAUCUGUCACCUCUCGUCUUGUUACCAUGUCCAAGGAACUCGGUGUUAAGGGUCUUUUCACUGGUCUUGCUCCUCGUAUUGUCAUGGUUGCUACCUUGACUGCUGGUCAGUUCGCCAUCUACGGUGAUAUCAAGAGAGUUCUUGGUGCUACCGGUGGUGUUGAAAUUGCUCAAUAAGCGAGCUUUAUGAUCAUUGUUAUUCCGAACAUUGUCAACCAGCCAAACCUUGAUUCAUAAAAAAAAAUUACCAGCCUUCUUUAGAGAUUCAUAGAGAUCAUUUAUUAUCCUUCACUUCACAUGUAUAACUCAUACCUUUU